ACCGCGUCUGACAACGUGGGAGCUUGUUGCAGAGUCAUUGACAUUCCUGUAAGGAUUUAAUAGCGUGUAGAGCAAGGAGGCAACACUCAAAUAUCAGACAGGGAGGCAGCACCAGUGAAGACGAUCGCAGGAGUACGGAGUUGGGGAAAUCUUGAAUUCAUCAAGGAAUCACAGGAUCCAAGAUGAUAAAAAGGGCAACAGUGACAGAUGGGACGGCCAGUGGCCAAGGUCCUGUGCCAGAGAUUUGCAAUGGUAAAGAAGUGGGGAUCAAGAAAAAAUCUAAGGUCCCCGGGGUGAUGAUUACACAGUUUAUCGAGACGCUGCCAGAAGGGAAGAGCCAUCCAGACUUCACCCGCAAGCCGAUUGCUUUGACCAUCCAGGAGGGCAAAUUUGCUUUUUUUAAAGCCAUUGUCACUGGAGACCCAGCGCCGACGGUAACCUGGAGCAGAAAUAAUGGAGACGUGUCUGAUACAUCGAGAUAUCAGUCCAAAUACGAUUCGAACUCAAAUGAGCAUACGUUUGAGAUGCCAAAUGUUAUGCCGGAUCAAGCGGACACCUAUAAAUGCUUUGCUAUAAAUGAAUAUGGACAAGCCAUGGUCACAGUUGUUUUGAAUGUUAUCGAAGUCGGUUACAAAAAGAAUAAAGCCCAGCAACCACUCGCUGAAGCCGCCAAUGGGAAUUUUAAGAACGUUUUAAAAAGGAAAAGCAAAAUCCGGCCGAAAUCGGAGCAAACGGAGAGAAAAGAUGGAGAGAUUGAUCCUAAAUUUUGGGAGCUUUUACUUAGUGCUGACAAGAAAGACUACGAGAAAAUCUGUGCUGAGUUCGGCGUGACUGACUUCCGCUGGAUGCUCAAGAAGUUGAAUGAAAUGAAGAAAGAAAGAGAAGAAGAACAAGCAGAUUUUGUCAGGAGCCUGUCUAACCUGAGACCUAUUCAGGUGAAUGCAGAUGGUACUGCUUCUUUUGAAAUUGACAUGGACCUCAUUGACCCGAGCAGCUCCAUAUUCCUAUACAAGGAUGGUGAAAUGAUUCCUUACACAAAAGAGUUGGGAGAGCAGAUGAAGCACAGCCUUAAGCAAGUUGGGAAAAAGUUUAUUUUCAGUAUGAAGGACCUUAUGCCAGAAGAUGCUGGACUGUACCAGUUGGAUGUAGAGGAUGUCAAUAUGUUUUCCACAGAAUUUAAAGUUCCUGUGGUGGAUUUCUUGGUGAAGAUUCAGGAAGUGAAGGCAAAGGAGAGAGAAGAUGCUGUGUUUGAGUGUGUCCUGUCAAACCCCUUCUCAAAGAUUUUGUGGUUUGGCAAGAAUUUGCCUCUGGAACAAGGGGAUAAAUAUGAUAUUGAGGUCUCAGAAGACAAGCUCAUUCACAGGCUGGUGGUCAAAGAUUGCAUGGUUGUAGACAAAGGAAUUUAUUCUGCCUGUGCAGGGAUCAAAUCCUGCAAUGCAUGGCUUGUUGUUGAAGCUGAUAAAGAAGUGCCAAAGGGCAAAAAAUCUGCAAGGAAAGCAACAAGGGCGGGGGGAUCUGGGAUGGAUUUGCAAAAGAUUGCCCAAGAGCAACAAAUAAAAUUAGAGGAAAAAAAAGAACAGAUUAAAGCUGCUAAACAAGCUGCAGCACCUCCACCUGAACCCUCUCCAGCUCCUCCACCCACCAAGGUUGAACCUAAGGCACCAGAACCAAAAGUGGAACCAGCACCAGAGAAACCACCAAUUGUGGAGGUAGUAAGCACAAAAAAAACCCCGCUAGCAGUGCCUGUGCCUGCACCUGUGCCUGAAGACUUGGGAAGUGACCAGUUGCCUGAAGAAACCAAAGAACCAGAAAGGCCUGAACCACCAUCUGCGGAUGUUGAAGAGCCUGUGAUCACCUGUGGACUCUCUGAUAUUUAUGCUCUUCGUGGAAAACCAGCUGAAUUAACUGUGAUGAUGAACGUAGACUGUGACGGCACCUGGUUCAAAGAUGGAGAGCAGUUAAGUUCAGGCAGUGGGGUCACCAUAGCAAAAGAUGGAACUUCUCACAAGCUGGCAAUUGACAGCUGCAGCGAUUACAACUCUGGAGUUUAUCGAUUUGUAACAGGGGACCAGAGUACACAAGCAAAGGUCAUUGUUGGAGAUGUACCUGAAUUUGACCCCGAUGACCUUCACAAAUUCUCCAAACCUGUAGUGGUAAGAGUGGGCCAGAACGCUGCUUUCAAGAUGCCCUUUCCUCCUCAAGAGUCUUUGGUAGUUAGCUGGUUUAAGGAAGGAGCUGAGAUCAAAGAUGGAGGAGGAGUUAAGAUUGUGAAGGAGCCCAACCAUAGCCGGCUGCUGCUCAAAGACUGCCUACGGACUGACGCAGGGGAAAUAAAGAUCCAACUCAAAAACCCAUUUGGGUCUGUAGAGGCCACAUCUCGGCUUAUUGUGCUUGAUCGACCAGGUCCACCAGAAGGUCCAGUGGAGACUGUGGAAACCACCUCAUCUAUUAUUGAGAUUAAAUGGAACCCUCCCAAAGACGACGGCGGCUCAGCAGUAACUAACUAUAUUAUAGAGCGACAGCAGGUGGGACAGAGUCUGUGGACGAAACUUGGAGAUGUCUCAGCUGACAAGAACUCCUUCAGAGACAGGAAUGUGACUCACGGAAAGAAAUACAACUACCACAUCUAUGCAGAAAACCCAGAGGGCAUCAGCGACGCCCUGGAGACAGCUGAUAGCAUUAUGGCUGGAAUAAUGAUACUCGCUGGUCCACCUGGUGCCCCCAAAGUGGUGAGUGCCUCAAAAACCUGUAUUAACUUAACGUGGACCCCUCCGGAGGACGACAAAGGAAUACCAAUCAUUGGCUACCAAGUGGAGAAACGAAAGAAGGACACAACUCAAUGGAUUGCCCUAAAUGCACUUAACGAACCUAUUGAAGAUGUGAACUACGCAGUUAAAGAUAUCACUGAGGGAGCAGAGUAUGAGUUCAGAGUGUCAGCAAUCAAUGAGUCAGGAGCUGGAGAUCCAAGCCCCCCAUCUGCAAUGGUGUGUGCAAAGAAUCCUAACAUGAGACCUUGUUUUAAGGACCCAGAGGACUUCAUUGUUGUCAGAGCGGGAAAUUCUGCUCGUGUCAAAAUUUGCUAUGAGGCUGAACCGCCACCUACAAUCACAUGGCUGAAGGAUGAUGAGCCCAUAUCCCCAUGGAUUAAUAUCAUCAAUACAGAGGGAAUGUCUCAGCUUGUUAUCCCCUCAUCAAAGCGCUCAGAUUCAGCCAUCUACACCAUUAUAGCCAAAAACUCUGUGGGUGAGGCUUCAUUCGACGUUGAGGUUAGAGUCACAGAUGAGCCAAAGACUCCAGGCCCAGUGGAGAUAGAGCAAACAGUCCACGGCAAAGUGGAGGUAUCAUGGGCUCCCUCUCCAGAUCAGGAGCUGGAUGACCGCCUGUACUACGUGGUUUCUCAGCACGACUCCAACACCAGAGUCUGGAAGACUGUGGCAGACCGCCUCUUUGCUAACACAUUCACUGCCAACAACAUCCUCCCUGGGAUAGAGUACCAUUUCCGAGUGUACGCCAAGAAUGAUAUGGGUCUCUCAGAUCCAUCUCAGUCCCCUACGUGGGGCGCCAACAGCAACAGAGUUCCAAUUAUUUCAAAUGGAGUUAGUUCAGCAGAGAUCUGCUUCGAGAGGCCUCCAUCCAUCUUGGUCCCUUUAAAAGUCCACACGCCACCUAAAGGCUACCAGCUCUAUAUGACAUGUGCAGUCCGAGGAUGCCCUACACCCACUGUAUCCUGGUUCCUGGACGACGUGUGCAUCAACUCAGACAAGAACUACUACAUCACCAACUCAUUUGGAGUGUGCUCCAUGUAUAUUCUCAGAGUCCGACAAAAGGACAGUGGUGAAUAUAAGGUAGUUGCAGUAAACCCCCUUGGCAGGGCAGAGUGUUCCACUAAACUUGUUGUUAAAGAGUAAAAUGACAAGAAGCCAUCUUGAAGCUUUUCCUUUAAUUGAAAUGUUCUGGAAGAUAAGGAAGUGGAUUGUUAGGUUUCUUCAUAGACUGCAUAGCAGAAUCACACACUUUGAUUGCAAAGUGCUGGUAAAACCAUCUGAAAUUGCCUGAAUACUAAUUUAUUUAUUGUAUUUAAAAUGCAACUAUCGACAAUUGUCAUCAGAAAUACUAUUUACCUUAAGUGAAGUGACAAACUGUUGCACAAAGACAUUUGUCAAAUUCUCAGGUGCUGGCAACAAUUGCAAUAAAUCAACAAACAGA